ACUAUGGCUGUUGAAUAACCACAAUCAAGAUAUUCUGUUCUUUGUUUACACAGUACAAACUGAAGACCGAAAGAUUGGCUGGAUCCUCGGCCCGUUCACAUCACCCCGCGGAUUGGGGGAGCCGGGAGACUCCUUGGGAUGACUAAGAACCUCUUCUGUCUCUCCGAACACUACUUCAUGAUAUCUAUUUCAUGAUAUCUACUAACUAGUAUAUAUCGAUAAUUAAUUCAAUUAGUAAUUGGUCGAUGACGUUUGACACGGGCUAAUAUGAUAUGAGCUUCUGGCAUUGACAUAUACUAUCUGAGAGAGGUAGAGACUGAACGCGUUUUUAAGAGAAGGAUAUUCAAGUCAUUAUUUCCCCUCCGUUCUUCAACAUGUCCAAACUCUCUCCCGCCCUUCGGACAUUGAUCAACGCGCCCCAUGCCCGACCAAACAUCAUCCCCGCCCCGUCCCAUAUCCGCUCCGUUUACGAAGACAUUGCGCGCGAUGCGGCGCGAAAAAACGUGGGUCGGCCAUCGUGGCUGGCGCUUGCAACCGCGGCGACCAUGACGAUGAACUCCCCUGAGAGUUUGACCGCACUGUUCGAAGUGGCGACGGAGCAGUCGCCGAGCUCCGUAAAGGAUAAAGUCAACACCGCGGAGUUCAUGCGGGAAGUCGGUCUUAAAUGCAUAUCCUUCAAUGGAAUUCCACGGACAAUUAACUUACUAAACUACUUCCACGACUUCCUCCCGGACCAAAUCUUAUCUCAAAUGACCACGUCGUCUUCCCGCACCCCAACGUCUUCCAACAUCGAGCAGAUUCGCGCGCGAGGCCUUGCCCUCUGGUCCAGCAUCUACGCCGAGCUCGACAAGAGGCUCCUCGACAAGCUUGCUGCCUCCCAUCCGGACCUCCCCGUCCACAUCAUCAACAGCCACUACGGAGCCCUGCUGAACGACCCGCCCUUGGAAGGUAGAGCCGGCCUCGGGCGCGUGGGACGAAUGGCCACGUCCAUCGUUGCAAUUGCGGCAUUGAGAGCACAGGGAGGAGUGGCGCCGCAGGUGAUUAGCCACCUGUUUGGACUUCGGAAAGGGUGGGUUGAUGGGACGUGGAAGGGUGACUUGCAGCGGACGAAAGGGGUCGAGUGGCUGGCGAGUGAUGAGGGCAAUAUCUGGGUGUUGGAUCGCGUGGAUCAAGUCGUGAAGGCGAUUCGAGAUACCCCAAGUGGUAGUCAACCGCGGCCACGUUUGUGA